GAUGAACAAGUAGCUCAAGAAGCUAAAGAACUCAAGGAAAUAACAAAUACCCAUAAGAAAGUUAUUGAAAUCAAUAUACAUAAUAAAGAGAUCUUUGAAAUUGGUACAUGUAAUGAAGAUAAUAUCAAAACAACAACAUAUGACAAAAAGGUUUUUAAAAUUAGUCUAGGUAACAAAGACAACAUAGAAACAACAACCUAA